GUCUUUAUUAUAUCUAUGCAGUCUUGAUGAGGCCUAGAUGGUUACUCACAACAUUUACAAUAUAACGGUAUACAAAAAUACUUUUUUUUUUAGUAUUAACAGUGUUCACCUUCUGAUCAAAUUCAGAUGAAAAUGUAAAACUGCCUUAACGUGGUUUUGGGAUAAAUAGUCUUUUAGAGUUUUUACAAAAGUACAGAUAUGCAUGGGGGGGGAAAUCCGUUAUGUGUGUUCCGGUUUCUGUGCAAAGGUUGAUGCGGGGCGUCGUUUGAACGCUAGUAACCUCAGUCGAUUCACCGAAAAUAACCCGAGCACUGCAGCAUCAGCACCAGCGCAUGCGCAUCUGCGCUCUUUAAAGGCACAGCGCCUGUAUAUUUACGUCAAUGAGCAUAAGAUGCUGAACUUUGUGAGUGUACAAUUUUUAUUUACAACCUACCGGACUAAUUUUACAUUUUGUGUUUGUUUGUUUGUUUUUACUUUCUAUACUGGUUUACAUUAUUUCGACAUUGCAUUAGACAUUUUGACCAAUUGUGUUAGUAUUGUAGAGAAAUUACAAUAUGUGGCAAAUGACUUUGCAACAAGGUACACAUUCCACUAGAAAUGCACUUUUGUCCCACACUUUUACUACGUGGUGCCAUCCAGAUUCAUAUAUUCUUAUAUUUAAUGUACAAUUAUACAAAUAAAAACCACGCAUGUAAGCAUGUAUCUGUGCCCUGGAGCACAUGUCCAUCACAUGUCAAGGACAUACGUGAUCAUUUCAUAGGGCGCAGUCACCUGGGUAAAUACCUAGCUGAAACUUGAUGGCAUGUCAGACGAGCAGAGGCACAUGAUGGAGCAUCCUGGACAGCCGCGGGGAAACUCGAGAUCCCCACCUGUCCCGUGACCGCAUGUGGCACAGCGCCAACCCGCCCUGCGAGCUUUCUGCAGAGAUGACUUCUCCUCCAAACCCCCACCCCACCCACACGCAUGCUUCCAUCCCUUUCUAUACCACCUCGCCGCCAGGCCUGAGCGCAAACAGUUUUUAAACCGGGCCUGCACAUCUGGAUUUUUUUCCCCCCACAUCUGCACUCAUUCAACACGAGGGGAUCGUUUUUCAUCCUGCUCUGAUCUGUGGCGUAUUCUGGUGUCAGGUUUGAGGAGAGAGGAGCCGAUCGGCCACUGAUCUCCCGCAGCAAUUGGACUGCUGCGGUACCGAUCCGGUGUGGAUGCUGAUGCGGGAAACGGAAGUGAACGCGCCUGUCCUUAGGCAGACUUGUUUACUGAAGUGAAGAUUGAAAUGACUGAUUGCCUUCCCGUCAGCUGACCGGAAUGUAACUUCUUCUCUGAUUAUUGACUGUUCUGUCGAUGCAUCCUUUUCAACCUUCAUGAUUGUCAUGCAUGUUUUGGUCUCGGGCGAUUCGAGAUGCCGGAUGGAUCUGAUUCCUACAGGAAAGUAGCCGGACGUGUUGCGGACUCUUUGUGCUCUGUGCGGAAUCCUCUGUGAUCUAUUCGGGCAUGUCAGGAUCACACGGAUAUCUGUGUAAAUAAAUAAGAGCAUUAGCCUGCUGCAGACGUACCACUUCAUCUUUUUUCACCAAAAAAAAAAACUGAAGCAGAGUGAGCACAACCAUGGCAGGGUGGUAAUGGAAGGCCAGUCAAUCGCUAAAGACCCCUGCUCCAACACCCCACCCCGACCCCUCACCUCCUCUUCAAUUGCUGCUAUGGCUGAAAAGCCAGAGCAAGGGACGGUCUCCAUCCAAAUGAAAGAGACAGGAGGAGCACCUCCGGAUGCAGCCAUGUUGACCCACUUGAAGAAAGUGGAGAACCACAUCACAGAGGCACAGAGGUUCUCACACCUACCACGGCGCUCGGCUGUAGACCUGGAGUUCACCGAGCUUUCCUACACUAUUCAUGAGGGCCCAUGCUGGAGGAGGAGAGGUUGCAAGGCUCUUCUAAAGUGUUUGUCAGGGAAGUUUUGCAACCGAGAGCUUAUUGGAAUUAUGGGGCCUUCUGGGGCUGGCAAGUCCACCCUCAUGAAUAUUCUUGCUGGAUACAGAGAGACUGGCAUGGAGGGUCAAAUCCUGGUAAACGGGAGGCCACGUGACCUUCGCACCUUCAGAAAGAUGUCCUGUUACAUUAUGCAGGAUGACAUGCUUUUGCCACACCUCACCACACGGGAGGCCAUGAUGGUUUCAGCCAACCUUAAGCUAAAUGAGAACAUGGAAGUAAAGAAAGAAUUGGUGAAUGAGAUCCUCACUGCUCUAGGCCUGCAGGAGAGUGCACACACUCGUACACACUCUUUAUCUGGAGGUCAACGAAAACGGCUGGCUAUUGCACAGGAGCUGGUCAACAACCCCCCUGUCAUGUUCUUUGAUGAACCAACUAGUGGUCUAGACAGUGCAUCCUGUUACCAGGUGGUUUCUCUAAUGAGGUCACUUGCUCUGGGUGGAAGAACCAUCAUCUGUACUAUUCACCAGCCCAGUGCUAAACUUUUUGAGAUGUUCGACAAGCUGUACAUUCUGAGUCAGGGCCAGUGCAUAUACAAGGGCACAGUCCCAUAUCUCAUCCCCUAUCUGAAGAACCUGGGUCUUCAUUGCCCUACUUACCACAAUCCUGCAGACUUCAUAAUCGAAGUGGCAUCAGGAGAGUAUGGUGAUUUAAAUCCUGUGCUCUUCGAGGCAGUGCAGGGUGGCAUGUGUUCAGAGGGUGAAAAAAAGAACUCUAGUGACAAGAGUGAUCCCACAACCUCCUGUCCAUCACAGUGUAACAACGAGUCAGGACAAAUUGAAAAACAUACCUUUGCCACCAGUACACUCACACAGUUCUGCAUUCUUUUUAAACGAACCUUUAUAACUAUAUGCAGAGACAUGGUGUUGACCCACCUGAGGGUGAUGUCACAUUUGUGUAUCGGAGUUCUGAUCGGUCUGCUGUACCUGAACAUUGGCAAUGAUGCCAGCAAAGUGUUCAACAACACUGGAUUCCUCUUUUUCUCCAUGCUCUUCCUCAUGUUUGCUGCAUUAAUGCCCACUGUCCUUACAUUUCCUCUGGAGAUGUCAGUCUUUAUGAGGGAGCAUCUGAACUACUGGUACAGUUUAAAGGCUUACUACCUAGCAAAGACCAUGGCUGACAUUCCAUUCCAGGUCUUAUGUCCCAUAAUGUACUGUAGUAUAGUGUACUGGAUGACAGAUCAGCCUCCAGAAGCGGGCAGAUAUAUCCUUUUCAUGGCUCUGUCCACCUCCACUGCCCUGGUGGCUCAGUCUCUGGGGCUCCUAAUUGGAGCUGCUUCCACUUCCCUGCAGGUAGCUACAUUUGUAGGACCGGUGACAGCCAUUCCAGUCUUGCUUUUCUCUGGAUUCUUUGUUAACUUUGACACCAUCCCAAAAUACCUACAGUGGAGCUCCUAUCUUUCUUAUGUCAGGUAUGGCUUCGAGGGUGUGAUCCUCUCCAUUUAUGGCUUGAACCGAACAGACUUGGAGUGCCCAGGCAUUGUCUGCAAGUUCCAGAAACCCGAAGAGGUGUUGCAGCUGCUGGACGUAGAAGACGCAAAGCUCUAUGUGGACUUCAUAGUCUUAGGGGUUUUCUUCCUCGUUCUUCGGUUCGCCACUUACCUAGUGCUGCGAUACAAAGUCAAGUCUGAACGUUAGGGCAUGACAUCAGCUUUUACGCUUGUUUUAGUUUGUACAAACCCACAUAUGGCAUUAUGUUUCAGAUAACAAUUAUAUUGUGGAGAUAAAACUGUGCAAUGUUCACCAAAUUCUUUAUUCAAUACAAAUGGAUUUUAUUAUUUUUUUGCAUAAUGAUGGAUUUUUUUUUUUUUAUAUUGCCUCAGUUUCUUUCAAUUAGAUAAUAAUUGAACAGUGCAGGGUCAAUAUUGCCAACAGAUGACUGUGUUUUGUUUUUUUAUGCAUUUUUAUUUAAUUAUUUUUUCCCCAGUCCUAUUUCAUGCAGAGUUCUUGUAUUAAAUACAGUACAACAUGAUGACCAAACACUUAUGUUUAAGAAGGAGCAUGAAGGUUGGUGAAUGAGGUUGGCGCCACAGAGCAGCAUUUGUCUCAGCCGACAAUCUUUUACUUGCCCUAUACAUUAUGGCCUCUCCGAAUAUGAACAGGCUUAAAGAUGAACAAGGCAGUAUAUGAGCAAGUGCCUGUCAAACAACCACAACAAAAAAAAAGAAGGCUCAACCCUCAGUUUGCAAAUUGUACUUUUGGAGUAACUGAUUUCAUAUUACAAUCACAAACAGCAUUGUUCUGCAGUAUGACUGUAUUUUCCUUCGUCUGAAACGAUUUAAUCAGCAUACUGAUCAGCACGUCCUUGUCAUUUCCUUUAUGUUCUUCCUUGGAGAUACAAAGCAGCACAACAUCUACCUGACCCUACUAAUGUACAUCUAAUAAAACAAGGGAGAAUGGAUCUACAUUCUUUAGCUCUAUCGUCAGUAGAUCUAAGGAAGUACAGCAAGUGCUCCUAAUGUGUGCUACCUGAGAAUGGGGUUCCCAGAUGAACACAAAAACAUUUUUGUUCAUCAUGUGAACCAAUGACAUUUCUGAUCUGAGCUUUUCAUUCAAUUUCCAAAAAGUAAAGGAUAGAGAUAUGGUCCUAUGCUUUUUCAUUUUUUGAUGAAUUAUUGAUGGAUUAUUGGACACCGAGUAUGAAAAAUGUGCCUCGCUGCCUACACUGGACAUGAGGCUAAAGAAAUGAUUGUGAAUGGAAAAACUGGAAUACAAUGUAAAGAACUUUUCCUGAAUUAAUGAAAAAAAGAAAGCCACAAUUUUCUUGGAAGAAAUGGAACCGGAAACAAUGCAUUCCUAACCUUUCCUUUACUAUAUGAGUAAAUGAAAAUUCCUAAAUCUACUACGAAACUAUUUGCUCGACUUUCAUAACUGGAGGACAUACUGACUACUCAGUAUCAUUUCUGCCAUCAGCUCUACUGUCAGCUGACCAGACUAUGUUUUAUCAAAAUGCUGGAUGGACAGUCUGUGCCACAUUAUGGCUUAUUGUAUACUGCUUGAUGGACUUCAAAUGCCUAUUUAUGAGCACCUCCCUGUACACUUAAGUGUAACUGCUUACCUUAUUCAGCCUCUUCAAUACUGCAAUGCAAUGCCAAACGUCUUACUUGACGAUGGACACGAUGUGGCGCUUAUUCAUGCUAUGUGUUAUGUCUGCUAAUAUACGUAAUUAUAAUAACCCGAGUGUGUGUGUGUGUGUGUGUGUGUGUAUAUAUAUAUAUAUAUAUAUAUAUAUAU